AUGCGCAAAUUUUGCAUUCUUCAAGAGAAACAUCGUGGGGACUGUACGCCAAGUGACGGAGUGUACACAGGCACUAUGAACGUAUCAGCGUCUGGAAAACCAUGCUUUCCAUGGCUAUACAACGGGCCAAUAUGCUCCAAGGGCAUUGAAGGCGUUGAUUUGACGAAGACACACAAUUUUUGUCGCAACCCUGCUGAGCCAGCCGCCUGCCAUCACGACAAACCGUUCUGUUAUUUGGACGCUUCUAAUAACGAAUGGGAGUUUUGUGACCUGCCUACCUGUGGUUUUAAGCCACCAGCAACUUGCAUGGAGGCCCUAGGUAUGGGAGAUGGUCGAAUCAUUGAUGAAAAGAUAUUCUCUCCGUCAAGUUAUAAUUUUGAUUUCCUACCCCAGCGUGCCAGGCUCAAUGAAACAAAUCAAGCGGCGUGGAUAGCGAGUUAUAAUUACCCCCACUUCACCUACUUGUCCGUCGAUCUUACGUACCCUUACACCAUCACAAAAAUUGCCAUGGCUGGACACAGUCACUACUACAUCACAAAAUUCAAGGUCAUGUAUUCCAUUGACUCGUAUUUGUGGCAUUUUUAUGGUACCGACGAAGACGACGCUGCACUGGCUCACGAGUUCGAAGGAAAUCAUGGCGGAUAUGACGUCAAUGUUGUAUAUUUUGAGAAGCAAUUUCAGGCUGUCUUUGUAGUCAUCAUUCCAACAGCGUAUAUAAAUUUGCCCUCCAUAAGAAUGGAGAUAUAUGGAUGCCUUUCUCUAACGACUGUUCCUGGAAAAGCUAACACGUACUGGGCAGCAGUCAAUAACCCGUACGUGAUCAAAACACCAAUAGUGCUGACUGCUGAAACAACGCUCCAAAUCGAUGCUGACGUUAAAAUUGUAUUUGCUGAUAAAUCUGCCUCACUCACUAUUUCAGGUUGUUUGGAACUGGAGAGCAUUGAAGGUUUAGAAGUUCAAAUGCUGUCGAACAACAUUCUGAGCUACCGCACAACUUUGGAUUAUUUUGAUAACAACCGACCUUUUUGGCAAGGAGUCAUUUUUCCCGCAGACAAUUCGGCUUGCAACAACAUGAAUUUGAAACAUUUAUUCGUCCGUGGAGCCGGCAUAAGAGCAAGCAUGAAAAAUGUGAAUUGGGAGGGGUUCAUUGUCACAAACAGUUGGCUAGCACUUUCAUUCUCUAACAACGAAAACAUAAAUUUAACGAACUGCGUUAUCAAAAGCAAUGAGUACGGUGUUGAAAUGCCUCGCGCGCAAACAACUUUCAUCGAAUCUUCAAAAUUCAUCGACAACAAUAACGCAGGCAUUAAUGUUGGAUAUUCCAAUCAUUUCUCCGCAUUUCUUUUAUCCAUCUCCAACACAAUACUUCAAAACAACGAUUACGGCAUUUUCGCGCAAUAUUCUUCAGCUUGGUCAGUAACUGUCGACAUACGAAUAACAAACUGUUUAUUUAAAAAUCAUCGGAGCAAAGGAGUUUUUUUAAACCUAAUGUAUAUGUUUGAAGCGAACAUUGUCAUAGAAUCAACAACGUUUGUAGCCAGUGAAUUUUUUUUGUAUUCUGAUCAGACACCAAGUUCAUUGAGGAUAUCAAACUCCCUGUUUAGCGAGUACAAAAAAGCAACAGCCGCUCUAUACUUGGGUAAAUGUUUGAAGACUCUGACUGUUGUGAAUUGCUCGUUUAUCAAUAACUCAUGGAAAACCUUGCUCAUCGAAAUUAAUAAUAAUUGCCCUGAACUUGCUGUUAACAUUAGUCAAUCAAAAUUUACAAACAACGUUGGUUCCGCUUGUUUGCAAGCGAAUUUGUUUUCAAGAUCUGUCGUUAGAAUUGAUUCUAACAUAUUUGCAAACAAUUCGGUUGAUUGGGUAGUCACGUUUAAUGUACCGAGCGUAUAUGUUGUGACGCUAUCUAACAACCAACUGAUCAACUUUAAUUCUCCUUACGAGGUCGCCUGCCAUGCACCAUACAAUGCCGGACUAUCUUACAAAGCCGAUUUAAAUUACUGGGGAACGACAGAUGCUAAAAACAUUUCAGAUCGUAUAUUUGAUUUCUAUAAGGACUCCAGCAAAUCUUUCAUCCAAAUUUCAUCAAUUCUAAAGAAUGAAUUCACCGACGGUUCGCUCACCUUACCACUGAGAAGAUUUUCAACGCAGAAUGGAACAGCAGGAGGUUUCCUAGACGGCAAUAUAACUUUGCAACCUUCAUUAGCUGGCAAUGAAUUAAAUGUAGCAAGUAGCAUUUAUGUUAGUAAUGGCUCAUGUUUGAUAAUUCAAGGUCCGCUGACUUUGAAAUUCAAAGCCCAAAUUGGUCUGGUAAUAGAAGGUGGUUGUUUACAAAUUAAUGGCAACGUAACCCUGACGUCUUUCGAUAAUUAUAAAUGGAAUGGAAUAAAGUUAUCAAACAGCGUUGGUACUAUGAUGAAAAAUGUUCAAGUCAGUGAAACGCCUCUAGCCAUUGAAGCUGUCAAUUCACCUCUAAACGUAUACGCUUCGACAUUUAAUGCCAACACUUUCUUAAAAGUGUAUGGCCAAACUUCAAUUGAAGUUUUUCUGGAGCAAGAUAUAGUUAUUCAAAAUUCUUUCCUGAAGUCUGGUUGGGAUUGUCUUGGUGUUAACUGGGCAAACAUUCUCAAUUUGAAGGCGACUAACAACACCAUAAAUUGUUUAAGAUACACUCUGCACAUCGAUAACUUAUAUACAUCAGAAAACGCUAUAAAAUUUACGGGUAAUAACAUACUUUCGGGAUGUUUCUACAUUCAUUUGCGGAACCCUAAAUUGAUUGAUUUAAGUGGAAAUGACAUAAAAUCGCAACUAACGCACUGUGCUUAUUUAUUAGAUUUCCAAUUGUUUAACAAUUACAAUGCAUUUGACCCGAUCAUGAAUGGCAACGUGAAGAUAGAGAACAACGCUUUCAGAGAUAUUUCUGGUGUCAGGGCUGAUUCAGCAGUUUUAAAUCUGAUGUGUUUCGGUUAUUAUGCUCCUGAAUACGUAUAUGCAAUUUAUUUAAGAAAUAAUAUUUUUGAGAGGAACGAUGUAACAUCAGUCUUAUCAACAAAUUGUCUCGGGUUAACAUCCAAUCGCAACGUUUUAAACAAUCCAAGUUCUGAUUAUGAAAUGAAAAUAUUGAGAGAAUUUUCGAAUCAACAUCCACUGCCUAUUUAUUUUGUAAAAAAUUAUUGGGGCAACGUUUCAGAUCCUAAGUUAAGAGUUUUUGAUAAAUCAAAAAGUCCAAGUUUAGUUGAAACAAUACUUACACCCUGGUUCGGAGAUUCCAAUAUGACUACGUUAAUAACGCAAACAUCAUCUUUUGAAAGAGGAAAUGGCCAGAUCGGAGGCAUAUUGGAAGAAGAUUUUGUGCUUACCUUGAAAAAAUCGCCCUACUCAGUUAUUGAGGAUAUUACAAUUCCUCUUAGUAUAACAUUGACAGUAGAACCAGGGGUCAAAAUGAACUUUUUGUCCGGCGGAAUCAUAGUGAAAGAUUGGGUAAUUAAAAAAGAGAGGAAUUGGUGGUCGAUGUUUUACAAGAAUACCUGGUUUGUUGUAAGUUUGAAUGAAAAUUCAAAUAAAAAGUUUACCGGUGACAUGUUAUGCCAGGAGGCAGGCUAUAGAGAGUCAAUCAGUCAAACUGCCUUCGAUUGCAAUUCGCUUUCACUUGAAGAACAAAUGUUUGUCCCACCGUGCACCAACAACACCGGCCAAUUUCAGAGAGUUGUACUGGAGUGCAACAGUCAGAAUGUGUUCUCCAUCCAGGAAUGUAGUGUUAGCAUCAAUCAAGCCAGUCUGCAGUUUUAUAACAUAACGUGUCUCGACUUCUUGCCAAAACAAACUGAUAAAUAUGUGAGAGUGACAACUAAAUCUGGCAAAAGACUGGCAGUGUCAUCGACUGACGACAUUAUCCUGGAGUCAGAAAGUUCCAAUGGGGAUGAUAUCUUCGUCAAAAUUACCCCAUGCUUACUAGCAACCGAUAUCAAAUGUUUUUCAUUGAUGUCUUACAAUAGGCCAGGGUGGUUUAUAAGAAAAAAUGGAGAAUCGUUAGUUUUAGACUUCCAAAACAAUCUAAGACGUGCUGAUGAAUUUAAUAUGGAUGCAUCUUUCGUUUCAAUAUCCUCCAUCAAUCCAUCAGAUGUUGAUUAUAUGUCUUUGAAAGUUUUGUCUUCCUCUGCUCCAGCUGGCAGCGUGAUAUUCAGAGAAAACGAUACAUCGUCGUCAAUAGUCUUAGUCUCAUCUUCGGAUGCCUUGGUCGCCAGUAGUCAGAGCUUCUUCAGUUUCAAAAUAAAUGAAUGGAAGGAAUCGCUUUCAAAGAGAAAAAAACGUGCAGUUGAUAAACAAUCUAUACUCAAUAAUGUUGUAAUAAAAAACCCAAAUGUUGGCAUAUCGAUCCAAGGCAAGUUGCCAAUUUUGAGAAAUAUUGAAAUUGUCAACAGUAUUUCUCAUGCUCUUCAAAUCUAUGGCAUCGCAACUGGCCAACUGAACAUUGAAAAUUUCAAUUCAAUUGAUUCCGGAGGGUCGGGGAUUGUUUUCAAUUUAGCUGAUUAUUCAAAAGAUUUUCAAUGUUUUAUAAUAAAUUGCGCAUUCGUUAACGCAAGAGGACAAUCGAUACAAUGGUCUGGACGUGGAAACCUCCACGUGGAAAAAUCAAAUUUUUUAAAUCUCUCAACGACUGCCAUUGCUAUGCGGUCCCGAGGAGAUGCAAUCAGUUCGUCUAAAGCUGCAGUCAAGUCGUCUCUAUUCACGGGAAAAUCCGUUCAAAUUGUUUUAAGUUUUAUUGGCAUGGAAUUUAAUCAGCAAUUGUUUCAGUAUUUUCAGGUUUUACUUGAAAAUAACAGUUUCAUUGAAUUGACGCAGGCCUAUAGCGAUUAUAUGAUAUACAUGGCAUAUUUAACAGCAGAUAUAAAAGGGAACCAAUUCGUUGACUGUACUUUCAGUCGCGUUCUAUAUCUUUCACCUAUCAGUCAAGUCAAUAUGUGUUCAUUGAUGUUAGAUGGAGACGGUUUGAGGGCAGUCCAAAAAUAA